AUGUUGUCCUUCUGUCCCAACUGCUCGAAUAUGCUUUUGAUAUCAACUGCUGAUACAGGUAUACACAGAUUAAACUGUCCAACUUGUCCAUAUGAAUUCCCAAUAGCUGGUGUGGAGAUUUUUGAUAGAAAAGAAUUACCAACCAAACAAAUUGAUGAUGUUUUAGGUGGUGAUGGUGCUUGGGAUAAUGUUGAUCAAACUGCUGCACAAUGUCCGAUUGAUUCUUGUGGUAAUGAUAAAGCAUAUUUCUUCCAAUUGCAAAUUAGAUCAGCGGAUGAACCUAUGACUACUUUCUUGAAGUGUGUUAAGUGUGGUCAUCAAUGGAGAGAAAAUUGA